AUGGCGUUGAUCGCUGCGAUCCAUCUCCUCCAUAGAUCUCUCCUGUUGUAUGAGGUCAGACUACCAUGGCACCGGUAUGCUUCCCGAAAUGCCUCUGCUUCAAACGGUUAUCGAGUUACGACCUUGAUAUCCAGUUCUGGAAACUUGAAAUGCGAGGUUACUGAUGUCUCACUCCUUCUGUCUUGUCUGUACCAGCGAGGGUUCACGAAUCCUACCCCCAAGACCGAAUCUGCCCGCUCUGCUUUGAGCUCUUUCACAUGUACUCUUUGCAAUAAAUCUUACUCGCGCCAUCCGGAAUAUGAAGCUCAUAUCUCUUCCUACGAUCAUCAACAUCGCAAGCGCCUACAAGACUUGAAACAAUUGUCACGAGAUCCGAAUGCUGCUGAAAAGGCAAGGAGGGCCGAGAGAAAGGCAGAUGUAGAGGCAGGACUGAGAGUAAUCGGGACGACUCCCGCAUCAGGAGCCGGGGGCACCGGUGGGGGAGGAGGGUUUAAGAAAGGAGGAUUCAAGAGCUCCUUUACCACUGUCAAAGGACCAGUAUCUGCUACUGUGUCUACGAGGAAAAAUGUCCUAGGGGAUGACGAUGACGACGACGCCAACCAAGCGGUAGGAGCGGGUGAACCGAGCGAACUCGUUAGGAACAAACCCAGACAGGAUACGGACGCUCAACACGGCAAUGCAGAGAGCGAUACUGACGAGGAGUAUGCAAACAACGAUACAGAGGCAAAUUAUUAUGAUCCUCGCAAACCUACCGAGUGCUCAUCACGGUGCCCGGCGUUUCAGAACGAGCUUACCAUAUCAUGA